UCGCUGUCCCCCGCAACCCCCAGGAGCCGAGACCCGCCCGCAGCCCAGGCCACCCCCCAGGGCCAUGGCCACCCGCUGGGGCAUCUGCUCUGCCGGCAGGAUCAGCCAUGACUUCCUGGUGGCCCUGAAGACCCUCCCGGCCACCGAGCAUCAGGCUGUGGCCAUCGCGGCGCGUGACCUCGCCCGGGCUCAGGAUUACGCCCAGAAACACGGGAUCCCUCGAGCGUACGGGAGCUAUGAGGAGCUGGCGCGGGACCCCGACGUGGACGUGGUCUACGUGGGGGUCAUACACCCCGAGCACCUGCCCGUGGGGCGGCUCUUCCUGGGGGCCGGGAAGCCGGUGCUGCUGGAGAAGCCCCUGGGGAUGAACGCGGCGGAGGUGAGGGAGCUGGUGCAGCUGGCCCGGAGCCGCGGGGUCUUCCUGAUGGAGGCCUUCUGGACCCGCUUCUUCCCCAUCUCGGAGCAGAUCCGGCGGCUACUGGCCCAGGGGGCGCUGGGCGAGGUGCAGCUGAUCUCGGCGACCGUGGGGCACCCCAUGGAGAACAUCCCCCGGCUGGUGCAGAAGAAGCUGGGGGGCGGCGCCAUUCUGGACAUCGGCUGCUACUGCGUCCAGCUCGCCAGCAUGGUCUUCGGGGGGCAGCGGCCGGAGUCCGUCCUGGCCUCGGGCUUCCUGCACCCCUCCGGUGUGGACGAAACCACCUCGGUGAUCCUGAACUACGCGGGCCGGCGCCAGGCCGUGCUGUCCUGCACCAUGCGCAUCGAGCUCCCCAACCAGGCCCAGAUCUGCGGCACCAAGGGCUCCAUGGAGCUCCCUGCCCCCUGGUACGCCCCCACCAUCCUGAUUGUGAACAACCAGCACCACGAGUGCCCCCUGCCGCCCCCCGCCCAGCCCCUCAACUUCUCCAACGGCACCGGCAUGCGGUACGAGGCCCAGCACGUGCGCCAGUGUCUGCUGCAAGGCCUGAAGGAGAGCCCCAUCAUGAGCUUGGCCGAGAGCGAGCUGGUGGCCUCCAUCGUGGACGAGGUGCGACGGCAGCUGGGGGUGACUUUCAGCGAGGACCAGCAGGGCUGAGCCGGCCGGGCGCCAGGGGGACUCUCCCGGGCAUCAAUGCAGAGGCUGCAAUAA